AUGGCAGAUAAAGAAUACGAAUUAAGGGGUUUGCUUGUUGGCCAUAAGAAAGGCAUAAGAUGCAUAUCCAUCAUAUACACAAACUUGUUUGAUGAAUUGAAAGAUACUAAUUUAAUCUUUGAAUAUAUCAUAAGUGCUGAUUGUAGCGGUACUAUAUAUGUGUGGAAAAAAUUUGAGAACAUAAAAGGAAUUGAAGGAGUAAAUGAAAUAUUGAAUGAAGAAAAAGAUGAAUGUAAUGAGUUGUUAUAUAAUGAUAAUUUUAAAUUAUAUAAAAAAAUUGAAAUACAUGAAAAAAUUGUUUACUCCUUAUGUUAUAGUAAAUAUAUAGGUAUUAAAGAAUUACAAAAAAUAGCUGAUAGAAAGGAAGAAGAAAAAUAUAACAAGAUUGAAGAUCAUUUACAUAUAUAUAGUGGAGGCAAUGAUAAGAAUAUUUAUCUUUCUACAUUAAAUGGAUUUAUUGUAUUAGUUUUACAAGGUCAUAAAAAUAGUGUUUGUAGUAUUGUUGAAAAAAGUAAAGAUAUUCUUAUAAGUGGUGAUUGGAAUGGUCAAGUCUUUAUAUGGAAAGUAGAAAUGAAUAUAUCAAAUAAUAAUUGUUCAUUUCAUAAUGAUGAAAAUAAAAAUGAUAGUAAUAAAGAUAUUGAUAAUAAUAAUUUUAUACUUAAUGGUGAACAUAAAAAAGAUGAUAUUAUAAAAAAAAAAAAUAAAACAGAGAACUCAUUACAUUCAAAUAAAUAUACAUAUAGUAUUUUAAAAAUUAUAGAUAAUCAUAAACAUGCUGUAUAUAUAAAUUAUAUUAAUGAUUUUAUACUUACAUUGUCACAGGAUAAUAUUUUGAAAAUGUGGGAUAUCAAAGGGAAUAAAAUAAAUGAAAUUAAAGAUAUACAUAAAGAUAGUGUUCGUGAUAUCAUAUUAUUUAAUAAUAAUAAAAAUGUUAUUACAUUUUCAAAUGAUGAAAAUAUUCAUAUAUAUGAUAUGAAUUUUGUAUUAUUAAAACAAUAUAAAGGACAUAGUGGUUUCAUAUUUUAUGUAUGUGUUAAUGAAUAUGAAAAAAUUAUGAUCAGUUGUGGAGAUGAUAAAACUAUCAAAUUCUGGUGUAUUCAAGAUAUAUAUGAAUAUAUGGAUAGGUCAAUUAAUAACAAUCAAUCCUUAGAUGAUACAUUGUCAUUAUUAAAAAAUAAUACUAACCAUAAUUAUAAUUGUAUACAAACUAUAUAUCUAACAGAUACUCUGUGGAAUGUGAAACUAUUAAGUAACCUAGAUGUUGUAUCAGCAUCUAAUGAUAGUUAUAUUAGAAUUUAUACAAAUAAAAAGAACAAACAGUUAUCUCCAAAUAUUAUACAAAUGAUUGAAAAUAAAUAUGCCAAAAAAGAAGAAAUAUUAAAUGAUAAAAAUGAAAACCAAUAUGUAAAUGAUAUAAGUAAUAUAAAAAAUGUUGUAGGAAAAGAAGGAGAUAUUAAAAUAUUUAAAAAUGAAAAUAAAUAUGAAGCUUAUAAAUAUGAAAAUAAUCAGUGGGUUUUAAUAGGUGAUGUUAUAAACGAUGUAAAUACAAAUAAAAAAUUUUAUAUAGGAGAUGAUUUAUUUGAACAAGGUUAUUAUGAUGAAUUAUUUUCUAUAGAUGUAGGAUUUGAUCAAAUAAAAAUUUUGCCUUAUAAUAAAAAUGAUAAUAUACAUUUAAUAGCUGAAAAGUUUUGUAAACGAGAACACAUCUCAAUAAGUCAUAUAAAAUCUAUAGUAGAUUUUAUUAAUCAAAAUUUAAAUCAAAAUAAUAAUACUUCAUUACAAAAUAAUAAAAAUAAUUAUGAUCAUUAUGAUAAUUAUGAUAAUUUAAUUAAAAAAAAAAAAAAUUUCAACACUAUACUAAAUGUUAUAACAAUACAACAAGCUGCAUUAGAUAAAAUAUUAGACAAAAUAAAAGAAUUUAAUUUAAUUUUAUCUCAACAAAAUAAUACAUAUAAAUUAAAUAAUGAUGAAAUAAAUUCUAUAUCCAAUAUAAUAAAAACAUAUAAAACAAAUAUUAAAACAUCAUAUCUUUUUAAUACUACUGAUAUUAAUGUAACAACAAAACUUUUCAAUUGGUCAUCAGAUUAUAUAUUCCCUAUAAUUGAUUUAUUCAGAAUUUUAGUAUUAAACAAAAAUUGUGAUUUCUUAUAUAAUAAUAAAUAUUCAAUAAAUGCUUUCAAAUUGGUUUAUGAUUGUAUUUCAUAUUAUAUAAAUAAUUACAAUAAUCAAAAUAAUACAAAUAAAUUAGAUUCUUUAUUAUUAUGUUCCUUACGAUUUUAUCUUAAUAUGUUCUAUCUAUCAACACCCAGAUAUUUUAUGUUUAAAAAAUAUAAUUUUGUCUUAAAACAAAUAAGUCAAAUACAAUCAAAAAAUAAUAAUAUUAUUUUAUUAUUAUUCAGAAUAUUUUUUAAUUAUAUAAUUACAUUAAAUGAACAUAAUGAUAAAGAACUUAGAAAAAUUCUAUUCGAACAAAUUCAUAACUUUUCAAAGAUAAUUCAGGAUCCUGACACUUUAUAUACAUACUCUUUAUGUUUUCAUACUUCUUCUGAAAUAUAUAAUAAGCAAACACAUGAAUUUAUUAAUAAAUAUAGUGUAAUCGAUUUUAUUCAAAAUAAAUAUGAUGAACUCAAGAAGCAACAAAAUGAAAGCAACGAAAAAACAUUUAAAAAUAUUUCCCUCAUAUUGGAAGAUUUGAAAAAUAUAUUAUAA